AUGGACUUAAAUUUUCUCAUUGCAGGUACACUAGCACUUGCUUAUCGUGAGGCGUAUAUUCAGUCUAAGCGUCAAAAAAUCUCUGUUAUGCGAUGGGUAACCUCGGGUGCCGAUCCCAGCACCAGUGUCGUCUUCCUAGAGGAUUUGGCAGCCGUCCUUGGCGUAGUCGUCGCCAGCACUGCAAUGGCUGUCUCCGCAUGGACAGGGCAAACCUGGCCUGAUGCCCUGGGUGGCGUUCUUGUGGCUGGUAUUCUCGGUUCUGUAGCUUUUCAGAUUGUUCACUCCAACACAGAAAUGUUGAUCGGAAAGGCAAUUCCGGAGGAGAAACGUGAGGCCAUAAUGAGCCUAGUUGACAACGCUAAGAUCGUACGAGGCACGUACGAUAUCAAGGCAACUAUGCUAGGCGGGGAGAUGGUUCGCUUCAAGGCUGAAGUGGACAUUGACGGCCGUGAGCUAACAAAGCGGUAUCUGGAAACGCUUCCAUUGGACCUUUUGCUACAGAAAUGCUCUUCUUAG